AAACAAAAGUGGGAGGAUGAUUAUUUUUUUGCAGAAAUCUCUUCUAAGGCUGUUUGUCUUAUUUGCCAGCAAUCCGUGGCUGUACUGAAAGAGUACAAUAUACGUCGCCACUACGAAACUAAACAUGCGGUCUUCUCCAGAUACAAAGAAAAAAUCGAGCGAGAUGCUAUCGAAACUUCGGUCACAGCAAGCCACCCUCACGAGGCCCUCGACAGCACAAGACUGCGCCACACGGGCCAGCUACGAAAUUUCGGCGCUAAUUGCAAAGAGUGGGAGAUCGUUUUCAACGGGAGAUUUUGUUAAGGAGUGCCUGUCCACAGCUGCUUCAAUAAUGUGCUCUUCCCAAGAAAGAGUUUUUUCCCAAAUUAGCCUCUCGCGCAACACAGUGACCCGCCGCGUUGAAGAUUUGUCUCGGGACAUUAGAGAUCAGUUAACAGUAAAGUCAAGAGACUUUGUUGCUUUCUCACUGGCAUGUGAUGAGAGCACAGACAUUUCUGAUUCAGCGCAGCUUUUGGUUUUUGUUCGGGGAAUUAACGCUGACAUGGAAAUAACACAGGAGUUGGCGGGACUUGAGACGCUGCGAGGGACGACAAAAGGCGAAGAUUUGUUUGCGGCGGUUUCAAGAGUCCUGGACAAAUAUAACUUGAGUUGGGACAAAAUGGUUGGAAUAACAACUGAUGGUGCACCUGCCAUGAUUGGGAAAAAAGCUGGCCUCACUGCUCUCAUUUCCCAAAAAGUUUCAGAGUGUGGGGGAAAGGUAGCGCAAUACCACUGCAUCCUGCACCAGGAACAGCUGUGUGCAAAGACGAUCGGACUGGCAGACGUCGUGCGCGAUGUCGUUAAAAUCAUUAACUGCAUCCGCUCAAAGGCACUCUCACACCGCCAGUUCAGAGCAUUUUUGGAUGAAGUUGAUGCGCAAUACAAAGAUAUUCUUUACCAUCAGGAGGUGCGCUGGCUGAGCAGGGGGACUGUGCUCAAAAGAUUUUUUGAGUUGCGCCAACUUAUCGCGGAGUUUCUGUCGAGUGCGAGCAGGGACACACAAAUCCCCACUGAUAAAAGAUGGAUUUUCGACGUGGCCUUUAUGGUGGACAUCACCGACCUGCUCAACAAUCUGAAUGUUAAACUUCAAGGCAAAGAACAGAUCAUAACGGAGCUGUUUGACCACAUCAAGGCUUUCCAAAUGAAGCUGCAACUACUCUGCCGGCAUUUUUCAGCAGGAAACUUUGCACACUUCCCCAGCCUGAGAGACGUGAAUGUGGAGGUGGACAGGUUGCCAGAAUAUGGAGAACUUCUCAGCAACUUAAAUAAGGAGUUUGAUUUGCGCUUUGUGGACUUAAAGAAAACUGCAGGUGACAUGGAGCUUUUUUCUCAGCCCUUCAGCGUGAGUCCCGACUCAGUUCCAGAGCAUUUGCAGAUGGAGUUGAUUGAGUUUCAAUGUGACACAGAGCUAAGACGCAAAUUUGUAUCACUACCCUUGAGGGAUUUUUAUCCACAUGUGUCAAAACAAAGAUACCCACAGAUGAGAAAAAAUGCACAAGUGAUGCUAUCUCUGUUUGGCAGCACCUACAUUUGUGAGCAAACAUUUAGUCUCAUGAACCUGAACAAGAUCAAACUCAGGGGGACCCUCACAGACUCACACUUGCAAGACAUACUAACACUAUCAGUGAGUAAGCUGCAGCCCAACAUUCAGUCACUGAUUAAGUCAAAAGACCAGCUCCAUGUCUCUCAUUAAGGAUCGCAGUUUGCUGUUUUCAUUGGAAAAAAGUUUGUUUUAGUUUGUUUUUGUUUUUUAGUUGAAAAUUGCCAAUGAGGCCUUGCUGUUAUGUUUAAUGGUUUGAAAGAAUGUUUAUUUUUGUGUGUUACCUUGAUGAAUACAGAAUCAAAAUAAACACAUUAAAGCAUAUUCUUUGUUUUCUGCUUUUAUUUAAUGACAUACAAAAAACGUGUUGUAUUUGGCCCACGGUCCACGAUCACAUUUAGAUUUUGGCCCUUUGAGGAAAAAAGUUUGGGCACCCUUGCACUAGACAGUGCGCUGAACCUU